UGUUAUAAUAAGUAACGUCUUCAUGUGUCCAACACAUAUAUAAUACCAACCAAAUAUCACGUAUUUGCCAAUGUAAUCUUUGUUGCUUACUUGCAGAUUUUGAAAAUGUACUAAGGUGUUCCAAGAGUCUAAUUACGUAAAGAUGACAGUGUUAUAUUUCAUGAAUGUGAAGAUAUUGCAGUCCAUAGGUCAAUUUCUUCCUUUUAAAGUUUGUAACACUUUUAUUUAUUUGUGGGUUAGUAAAUAUUCUAAACGAUUUCAAUGAAUGGAAUAAUCUGUCGAGUUUCUGUAUAUCGCUUGACACCGUCAAUUAUUCAUAAUUAUUUCAGAUAUACCUUUCUUUGUGUGUCUUAAUCUUUGUGUCAACAGAACUGCUGUCUAAAAAAUAGGUAAUAAUGAAACAAAUAAUAUAUAUCUUUGGUUUCUGCACACCGAUACAAGAUACAAGUAACUGAUUCAUCAUGUUAACGACAGAAAUGAUUUAUUGUUUCGAUACAGAGACUGGACUAACGUGAAGUGCAUGUCAUCAGGUUAGAAUAAUAGAGUGAUUAAGGACUGGAUUUGGAGUUCGUUACAUGUAGUCCAGGUAAUAAUAAUAAUAAUAAUAAUACUUUUAACUUUGCUAAAAACAGAUACUAAUUCGAAUUCUAAUGUUAUUAACGAAAAUGCAAAUUUCGCCUACUACAAGAUGUGUAGUUCUCAGUUUUUAACUCAGAGGGCCGCUGUUUACUUACGGUGCUCUAAAUCCGUCUAUACCCGCCCCAGACUCGCCCACAGCAUCCCGAAAAAUCAAAGAAAGAAAAGCAUUCGCCGCACAUUUACUGCAUCUUUGCAGACUUGGUGGAUUAUAUUCGCCCAAAAUAUUAAGAGCAGUUAAUUUAUGACUUACACUCGAUGACUGCUGAUUAUAAGGAUUAUAACACCGAAUUCGUUUUUUGAGGUCUUCUAUACAGACGCCGCGGCAAUGUGGCACACGGUAUUGUUGUUCAUCCUCCUUUCUUCUCCCUCGGUGCUUGGACAGGUCAGCUACUCCAUACCGGAGGAAAUGUCGAAAGGCUCGAUCAUUGGAAAUAUUGCUCAGGAUUUGGGAUUAGAUUUAAAAAGACUGAAAACUGGAAAAGCACGAAUAUUUUCCGGAGAUAGCACAGAAUACAUCGAGCUGAACAAAGAAAGAGGUAUGCUUCAUUUAAAAGAAAAAAUAGAUCGGGAGUCUUUAUGCGCUAAAACAACACCUUGCGCUUUACAUCUCCAGAUGAUACUUGAGAAUCCGAUGGAAAUGUAUACAGUUAUCGUCCAAAUAACGGACAUUAAUGAUAAUGCGCCAUUUUUCCAGACAGAGGAAAUUCGUUUUGAAAUAAGCGAGUCGGCUGUACCGGGAGUGAGAUUUGUGUUAGAGAGAGCAAUGGAUGCUGACGUCGGGACUAACGGCCUUCAGAGCUACUCACUUAAACCGACAGAUCAUUUUGUGUUAGAUUUGCAAAAUCAUGCAGAGGGUGAUAGAAGUGUUGAAAUGAUUUUACAAAAACCACUCGAUAGAGAAAAGCAGGAAAGGCUUACAUUAUUAUUAACAGCGAUGGAUGGAGGUGAACCGGUUCUGUCUGGUACUGUACAGAUACAUAUUAUUGUUCUAGAUGCUAAUGAUAACGCUCCUGUCUUCACACAAAAAAUAUACAGGACAACACUAAUAGAAAAUGCAGAUAAAGGAACUAAAGUAAUCACCGUGAGUGCCUCUGACGCAGAUAAAGGCUCUAACGGUCAGGUGGCAUACUAUUUAUCAAAAACAAUGGAUAGUUUGUUAGAUUUGUUUAUAGUCGUUCAACAUACUGGAGAGGUUAUGUUAAACGGGCAGGUUGACUUUGAAAAAGCAAACAAUUAUCAGCUUGAAAUUCAAGCUAAAGAUAAUGGAGGACUCUCCGACUCAUGUAAAAUAAUUAUUGAUGUGUUGGACGUAAAUGACAAUAAACCAGCUAUCACUAUUCUGUCUAUGUCCAGCUCUAUAUCAGAAGAAUCUGCUUCUGGAACUGUUGUAGCAAUGAUGAAAAUAAAUGACCCUGAUUCAGCUGCGAAUGGUCAAGUUCAAUGCAUUAUUAGUGAAAAUAUUCCAUUUGCUAUCACAUCCACAUCCAGAAAUUUCUUUAGCCUGCUCACAGUUGAUCAGUUGGAUAGAGAGAGUGCCAAUGAGUAUAACAUCACUGUGACUUGCUCUGAUGAAGGAGUUCCCUCACUCUCCAGCACCACUUCUCUCCGUUUACACAUAUCAGAUGUAAAUGACAACGCGCCUGUGUUUGAGAGAAAGAAUUACGAGGCAUAUGUGGUGGAGAACAACACACCAGGUCUCUCUAUAUUCACAGUGAAGGCGAGUGACGCAGACUCCAAUCAGAAUGCUCGAGUUUCUUAUAUUUUAGAAGAGAGCACUGUCAAUGGAGUUCCGGUAUCAUCAUAUGUGUCAGUCAGUGCUGAUAGUGGAGUCAUUAAUGCAGUGCGCGCUUUCGACUACGAGCAGUUAAAGGACUUCCAUUUCCGCGUCAGAGCGCAGGACGGAGGCUCCCCUCCACUCAGUAGUAACGUGACAGUAAAAAUUACAAUCCAAGAUCAGAAUGACAACGCUCCUCAGGUUCUCUACCCAGUACAGACUGGUGGCUCUGUGGUGGCUGAGAUUGUGCCUCGUUCAGCAGAUGUCGGCUAUCUGGUCACUAAAGUGGUGGCUGUUGAUGUGGACUCUGGACAGAAUGCCUGGCUCUCCUACAAACUCCAGAAAGUCACAGACAGGGCGUUGUUUGAAGUGGGAGCGCAGAAUGGAGAGAUAAGAACUGUACGCCAGGUCACUGAUAAAGAUGCUGUCAAACAAAAGCUCACUGUAGUUGUGGAGGAUAACGGACAGCCAUCUCGCUCAGCUGUAGUGAACAUCAAUGUAGCUGUAGCGGACACUUUCCCUGAAGUGCUCUCAGAAUUCACCGACUUUACGCACGCCAAACAAUAUAACGAUGACCUCACCUUUUAUUUAGUUUUAGCAUUAGCUGCUGUUUCUUUCCUUUUCAUCACAACUGUAGUAGUUAUAAUAUCAGUAAAGAUCUACAGGUGGAGACAAUUGCGCGUCUUCCAUCACUCCAAUCUCCCAGUUAUUCCGUACUAUCCACCCGGUUACGCAGACACAGGAGUUACUGGAACUCUGCCGCACAGGUAUAAUUAUGAUGCUUGUAUGACGACUGACUCGAGGAAGACCGGCUGUAAAUAUUCUACACUUGGAGGACAAAGUGUUUUAGUGAUGGACCCGAGUUUUACAGAGACAAUGCAGCGCGCGAUGAAAGAAAAUAUUCUUCUCGAAGAUCCUGAUUCUCCAGAGUUGGUAAGGGAUUGUUUAUAGCUUUGAUAUCAUA